AUGCCAUCCAAUAAGACGAGCAAAGUGAUUCGAAAGAGGGCCAAGAGGGCCAGGGAGGUGGAAAGAAUCGUUACCAAAGUCGGAGAGCUAACCGAAGAUGGUGAUCUAACAUCAGGCACCGAGGCUAUUGGUCACAAUCACUGCAGGCUGUUGAAGACAUCGUAUAAAACCUUUGUCAAGAUGGUCGACCGCAGUUCCACACUUCAAUCCCUUCGAGCCACCGAGGCGAACCAGAGAUUCAGAUACGACUCUGGGGAUGCAUUUUCAGACGCUAUAGACUUAUUGAAGUCACCUGAAAAGGAAUGCGUUGCCUCCAACUCCGCCUAUAAACAAAUGGUGAGGGAUUGGCUCAUAGAAACAGGGAGAGACGGAACCGCCGAAGAACAUACAAAGUGGAACCUUCUCAAAGGUCAGAAUGCGGAGAGCGCGAAAGCCAGACUCGAUCCAGAAUGGGAUUUGGUCAAGUCUUGGGCGCAAUCGGGUGAGGAUGCCACGACUGCACCAAGGACUCCGUACCUCGACCGACUUGCUCUACUGUGCACAAAAGCCAACAUUCCAAGAUUGACUGCCCUCAGCUGGAUCUACUUUUAUGAUGACCGCAACGGGGCUGCACAUCGCCCGCUUCCCAAAUUUGAGGAUUGUCCCAAAGACGGUGGGUGGAGCAAUGGACUUUACGAAGCCACAAACGCAAGAAAGGAAGAGGCCCAAACGCUAGAGGCAGACGGUACUUUUACGUCCGAGCAAGCCACGGCGUAUAAAUCAGCAAUUUCAUUUCGUUUGGCGAAUGCGAUUUCUGGGCCGGCCCACGAUGGCAGUGUGGAGCCAACAGCGGUGUCAAUGGCAAAUGCCAACGACGCUCACGAGCAAGCUGUUCGGCGGCUAUCGGCCGAGAUAGCACCUGACUUCCCGAGCAAAUAUGUCGAAGGGAAGUGGGAUGAUAUCAAAGUCGCACCUAAACCACUUUCCAAUUCAUGA